AGCCCUUGGUUUAUUACAAAACUAUUCCCAUCUCCAAUGGCAGUGAGGCUGAAGCCAUUGCUGCCACUCUCUGUCGUCCCUCACAAUUCAAACCCCUCAAACCUCUUUUUCCCAUUUUCAAAGAAAUCCCAUUUCCAAGCCUCUGCAGCAAAAAUGGCUGCAAAUGAAGUUCAGAGCAAAGCCUCUUCCAAUGCCAAAAUAAUUGAUUCUCAUCUUCAUGUAUGGGCAUCUGCUGAAGAGGCAGCAGAUAAAUACCCUUAUUUUCCAGGCCAAGAACCCACUUUACCUGGACAUCUCCAGUUCUUGCUCCAGUGUAUGGAAGAAGCACAUGUAGAUGGUGCGCUAAUUGUGCAACCUAUCAAUCAUAAAUUUGAUCAUUCUUUAGUGACAAGUGUCUUAAAGAAACACCCUUCCAAGUUUGUCGGUUGUUGCCUUGCAAAUCCAGCAGAAGAUGGAAGCGGUGUUAAGCAGCUUGAACAUCUUGUUUUGAAGGAUGGUUAUCGUGCAGUUCGCUUCAAUCCAUAUUUAUGGCCAUCUGGUCAGCAGAUGACCAAUGAAAUUGGAAAGGCUAUGUUCUCAAAAGCAGGGGAGCUUGGAGUGCCAGUGGCUUUCAUGUGUAUGAAGGGUCUCAAUCUGCAUAUUUCUGAAAUUGAGAAACUCUGCAAAGAGUUCCCUUCAACGGUUGUAUUGCUUGACCAUUUGGCUUUCUGCAAACCACCAACAAAUGACGAGGAAAAUCAAGCCUUCUCUAAUCUUUUAAAACUUUCCAGAUUCCCACAGGUUUAUGUAAAAUUCAGUGCCCUAUUCAGGGUGUCAAGACUGCCACCUCCAUACCAGGACUUAGCUCCCCUUCUUUCCCAAGUUGUUUCCAGCUUUGGUGCCAACCGUGUCAUGUGGGGCAGUGACUUCCCAUUUGUUGUUCCUGAAUGCGGAUAUAAAGGAGCAAAAGAAUCAGUGUCUCUCAUUGCCAAUGAGAUACCUCUUUCAUCCUCAGAGUUGGAGUGGAUCAUGGGUAGAACGGUUAUGGAACUCUUCCAGGGACAAUGGCUUCCUUCUUAGACAACCCAUUUCCAACUCUUCUGCAUGCUUAUGAAAAGUAGGUACACUGCCAAAUACUACUUGUACCGAAGAUGUUUGCUUUUCUGAAGUAUAAAAUGGAUGAUAUAUAUACUUAGCUGGCCAUCUUUUGACGAUGAACAGAAAGCAGAGAACACCAGUGUUGUUUCUUUUGAUGAUAUAAGGUGAAUAAUGCUUGAAUUUUGGCCC